AUAUGAACAGGGUUGGUAAAUAUUUGUCCCCAAACAAAAAAAGACCACUUGCGGGAGUCACAUUCCUUGUAGUCAAAUAAAAACCCAAGUAGCAUAUCCGGAAAAUACCUGCAGUUUGAGUAUGAUGUUUAUUGAAUGCAGUCGCAGAGUACCAUUGCAAUAUUGGAAUCAGGUGAGUAGCUUAACAAACAAGAACAUCUUAAGUUGCUUAAGUUGAAAAGUCAAAGAUUACCACCAGAAGAACAAACUGCUAUCAAUAUGACGGUAUUAAAAGGAGUUGUUUAUAUUUUUGCCAUCUGCCUUUGCUGCGUUCUUAUCAAAGGCCAGUGUAACACAGCUCAGAUCCAUCAAGCAUUGACAGGUUGUCAGACAGAAAGAUUAAUCCUGUCAAAUACAAGCGAAAUUGUCAAUGACACCAAUUACACCAAACUCUGCAAAGCAUUUUUAAACUAUAUCAAGUGUGUGGAACCUAGGCUAACUGGAUGCAAGAGUUCUUCCCUUCGAGGUAUCACAAUUGUCAAAAAAACAUAUAGUAAAGAACCCUACCACUGCAUGUUGAACGAUACUGCUGAGGUGAAGACAGAGCAGAGUGCAAUAACACCAAGACAGACCUCUAGUCAACAUGUACAACAAGUGAGCAUUCUAAGUCUACUGGCAGCGAUAGUACUGCAGUAUUUAGUGGGGCUUUUGCAAACUGGCUGUAGGUAUGAAUAAAAAAAAAAAAAGGAAUUAUUCUUAGUAUCAGAUAACAGAAGAAUGUUAUAGAAAAAAAUUGCACAGGAAAAUGUUGUGUAUAGAAAAGUACCAGACAAAUCUAACCAACAAGAGGAUACAUUUAAUAUGUACCCACAUGUAAUAAAAGUGUUAAUGGUUUUCAGUUCUAACUUACAUAUCUAGAAAUUGCUAUUAUAGAGAUAAAAGGAGAAAUAAAAAAAUGUUUGUGAUCUCCACUUAAAUGUUGAAAUAUUACAGUAUAUCCUAGAGGAAAACUCAUUACAUUAAAUGGAAAUAAUAAAUAAAUUGAUA